AUGAAAACAAAUUGGGGAUAAACAAUUUUGCAAUUGGCUUAAUUACAUGCUCAUACAGGCGGAGUAUUAUAAGACUUAGUAGGAGCAAAUGAAGAAAUGAUUUAAUAAAUGUAAGAUGAAUUGUAGAGGUUGAAUAUAAUUAUGAAGUUAGAACUAAUGAACACAACUCAUUAUCAUUGUUAUAUACUCAAGAAGUUUAAAGAAGUGUUAUUACAUUAGAGAAUUUACUUUAUCCAAGAAGAGAACAAUUAAUGGGAUAAAUCUAAUAAUUGAUUGAUAACUAAGAAUUCAAUAAAAAAACUGUUGAUGAAGGAACCUUGAUCAAGGAAUAAGAACAUGAAGCAUUCGAAACUUAAGUUGCUGGAUUAAAUGAUGCAGUUGGUGCUACUGUUGAUGCAUUAAAUUUAUUGAGCACCUUUACAAUACUAGCACUAAAUGAAUGA